AUAUCCGAAUUGAGAGAGAGAGAGAUUGGUUUUGCCCGAAAGCAGCUCAUAAUAUGGAACACGAACCGACCGAGCAGAAUGCCUGCUUACUGUUGCCUAACUUACCAAUGGCUUCUUCUUACUGGAUUCCUCGGAAGUCGCUUAAUUUGAUUACUGGCUUGGCGAAUGCUUUUGACAUCUCCGAUUUCAUUUCUUGACGGUGGGUCGAGUUUGAUUCCAGGUUGCACUUGUGUUUUCUGGACUUUCUUGUGAUACGUGAUCUCUUCGUAAGAACUUUUCGUUUUUUGGGUUUAUUUGUUUGUUGACUGGGCCACAAUUACGAGAAGAUGUAUUUUUUUAUUGAAAAAUUAUGUCUCAGCCGGGAUGAGAAAUUAUAUUCUUUCGCCUAUCAGGAUCAUUAUGUUAGAAGAGAUAUGCCGUUUAAUAUAAUUUUUUAGCAAUAACUGAAAGAAGAACUCACAAACGAGGCAGAAUAUAGAACAAAGCAAAAUCAUUCAGAAGAAGAAUAAGCUUCACAAUUAUUUUCGUUGGAGAGUAUUGAAUUGAAGGGUUUCACUGCUAGACUUGGUAAUUAAAAAAUGGCAGAGGUAAACGAUAAGCAAAAUGCAGUCAACCGAUACUGACCAUGGAAAACAAAAUCAGCCCAAGGAAUGAUGCUGAUAUGUGCCAUUUGUCUCUUUUUGAAUUCUGAAGCAUUGGAGGAAGUUUGAAUUCGACUAAACUUAAAUUGAUCUGAGUUCAAAUAUGUAAGUCAACUCUGAUCACAAGUGUUUUCUUCUAAUCAUUUUCCUUAAAUACAUAAGAAAGGUGUCCUUGUCAUUGAUAAAGCCUUUGAUUUGGCGUCAACCAUGUACUACAUAAACAUAACAAAGGCACUGAAAUGAUUUGGCUAGUUGGGUUGAUGAUAUUGGGACAAAGUACUUCAGAUUUCCACUUUGUAAAUUAAAAUCUCAUUGUAGCCCACCUUAUGGUUUAGUUCUGGUUUUAGUAAGAGAGGUGGCCUCAACCAAAGAUGAUCUGACUUUGGAGAAGGACAUGUCGCACCUUCCCAAUUCCUAGAGGGACCUUCCUGAAGUCAUUGAUGCUUGUUACAGUAACUACUGAAAACUUGACUCCCAAUUAAUGUUCUUGUGCAAGAAGGCAUAAACUCUGAUGCACACUCAUAUACAAGUCUUCUCUAGGCUUGCAUGCUGACCAAGUUUGUUGAUGUGACGUAGAUUGUUUAGGCAUAUAGUUUCAGCCAUUAAUAUAACCAUUUGGACAAAAUGCACAUUGUGGACUCACACUAUUAGGGUUUUGCACUUUUAGCCCCAAAAUACCAAAACUGACACAUUAGACAUUCCAACUAUUGACAGUUGGGUUUUAUGAAGGUGUAAUGUGCAACGUUAAAAGUUUUAAUUUUACCAUCUUUGCAUCAUCAUUCUUUUUGUUGUGCGUUUGCUAAUGAGUUAAUGUAUGGCAUUUGAUAUAAUGGAGUUGGCGUAUUUCAUACAUAACCUCUUAACAUUUAUUCUAUCCUAAUUUUAUAAUUUUGAAGAAAUAAUGAGAAUGAACUUCUAAGGAUGGCCACUUAGAUGACUUUACUUGCAAACAGCACCGCUCUUUCUUUCCUUGGUACUAUCAGAUUGAUUAAGGGUUGCAAGAUUCUCAGAAAACUUUGAUAACUUUGGUCUCUUCUUAAAAAGGUGAGUUCUUCAGCCCCAGCAAAUGUGAUGCAAAUUGGUGAAGAUUGGAUAAUGGUUCUUAAGGUAAAAGAGAACUAUACAACCCAUAAUGUAUGGAGAGUAGAAAUUGUAUUGUUUGAGGCCAAUUUACUUCGGUCCAGUCAUCUUAGUCCAAGGGAAAAAAAAGUUAGAUUGGCCUUAAUAAAAGCCUCAGGUUAUAUAAGAAGGCUAAAAUAUCCCAACUCAUCUAGUUCGAAUCCGUCAUCUCAAACUUAGGAUACCAAGUAGGUUGUUAAUCCUUGGGUGUAGUUAUACUGGACAUGUUUAAAGAAAAACUAACAGGCACCUUCUUAUCAUUAUAAUUUAUUUUUGAAAGGGAAAAAAGCUCUCUGUCUCUCCUCUCACUCUAUUUGUAAGUAUGUAGUCAAUAAAUCCAGGGCAGAAAUGGUUCUUCAUUUUAUUUAACAACUUAAUCAAAGUCAGUAAAUGAACCAACAUGGAAAACAAAUCUAAAGUUUAACCUUCAGGGUUUGUUGAAAUUCCAUGCAUAUAGUCUGUUUAUCUAAGCUGUGCUUGUUCUCUAUACAAUAAUUCUUGAAAGAUAUAUAAUAUAUGGAAAAUUCUAUACGCCAUACUACCAUCCUAUUUGCAUCCCACUAAGUAAGAUAUGGCAUAUUUAUCACUAUUGUAUGAUCAUUUAUUGAAUGCUUCUUUAUCAUCAAAUAGUAAUAAAUGCGUCACAUCAUAUAUAGUGGGAUGCAAAUGGGAUGAUGGUGUGGUGUAUAGCAUUGCUCAUAAUAUAUAAAUAAUUUUCUGGCAAAAUGCUGGUCCUCAGACAUUGUUUCCAGGGUGAAGGAAAUCUAACCAACACGAACUUGGAUCCAACUUAUAUACGUUGGUACAUUGGAGACCACCACAAAAACUUCAUGGAUCCUUACACUGGUGGGGUCAGUGAAUAAUACAUUUUUCCCCGUCUCAGAAGUUGAGGGGCCUAGAAAAUAUGAGUUAUAAGAGGAGGUUAAGGCCUUAAGGAACUCUGGGACCAUUUGUUUGAAAAAGGAAGGCUUUUCCAAGCAAGGAAAGGCAUUUAUAAUCUUUGAAAAAUUAGUUUCAUGUGAUUGUGAGUCCUUCAGAAUUUCAGGCUAACCACUGCUUGAUUGACAUGAAACCUGCCUUGCUAAUUCCAUAUCACAAUCUGAUGGCACGUGGUUUGCCAGUGCUUAGGUUUUCUUUUCAGGUACCAGAGUAUAGAAACAUCAAAACAGCUCUAGAUAAUUACUGGAGGCAAGAAAGAUUAUCUAUCUUUUUCUCGUUUUUAUUUUCUUACCUUUUUUAAAGCUCAUAAUAAAAUAACUUUUUUCAUCAAGGAAUUUCACAAGUCUGGUUGUUCAAGAUGAACAUGAAGCGUUAAAUUACCGCAUAUGAACUGUUUUCACGGUUUUUUUGUCCUAGGAUGAGUUGGACCACUUUAAUAGAGUAUCCCUGUAAUCAUAAGGAUUAUACAUUCUAAUUUAUCAGCCAUUUGUAAUCAAUGGAUGAAAUUAGAAGUCUUUUUUUCAUACUUUGUUUUUGUGACCAAUAGCUAUUGAUUUUCUUGGGCUAACUAUUUUUUCUUACUUAUAAGUCUCCAUGUGUUUUUUCAUUCUGUGUCUUUUUUUCAUACUUACAAGUCUCCAUGUCUUUCUUUGGUCUUUUUUAGUUCUUAACUAGGUUCUUUCUCUUGUAUAAGUCCCAUAUACUUGGUGCAUAUUAGUAUAUUACUAUUAUCUAUAAAAUUUAAGUUUACCUAUAAAAAGAUUGAGUAAUGUUAGAUACAGUCAUAAAGUGUGGAAGUCCCGCGCACUCCUUUUGAAAAAAGUGGGGUCCACUGUUAGAAAAAUAAUUUUUUCAUGUGGGUCUCAGAUUCACCCACUUUUUUCAAAGGGCGCGCGUGAGGCUUGCAUACCCUAAGACUGCAAAUAUCAUUUCUCUGAACCAUUUGUUAUGCUCAAGACUUCCAAAAUAGUAAAUGAGAAGUUUCAAUAAAUGGAUUGGCAUUACUCAUCUCUUUAAAUAACUUUGUAGGCUUAUUGAGGAAUUAACUCAUAUUCUAGCCUACUUACAAACAUUCAAUUAUACUUUUCCCCUUGCGAAUUAAGAACAUACGAUAUUUGGAACUUUCAUUAUCUAUCCACAGGAAUGAUAAGAUUCUCUCAUAAUUUCAUAUCACAGAGGUAAUAAAUGGAAAGAAAGGUGGACAACUGUUCAGAAAUGAGAAUUAAAUAGGUUUGAUGGUUGGUUAAGGCACCAAAGCCCUAUAAAACCAGCAUCCCUCCUCAGAAUUUCUCAAGACCCAUCGCUCUUCAAGUACUUCUGUAAAGUGCAAGUAUGAUGAACAUGGGCUGCAAAAAGACUCAAAAGAAGCCAAUGCAAGGAGCAAAUGCUCGGCAGGUUUCUUUCUCAAAACGACGAUCUGGCCUCUUCAAGAAGGCCGGUGAACUUUGUACCAUAUGUGCUGUUGAGACCGACGAUAUCAUCUUCUCUCCUGGUGCAAAGCUGUUCUACUCUGGUCAUGACUCUGUUGAGGAUGUAAUAAUCAUGCUUGGCCACCGUGGGAAGCCAGAUGCUGCUACAAUUCUGGAAGCAGAGGCUCACCAAGAGAGAGUCCUUCGUGACCUGGAGAAGCAAUAUUCUGAUCUGCUUGAGCAAUUGGAAGCUGAAAAGAAACGAGGGGAGGAACUAGAGCAGCUGAAGAAGGAAGGCCAGGUAAGCAGCUGGUUUGUUACUCCAGUUGAGGAACUCAGCUAUGAGGAGCUGAAGAUCCAGCAUGCUGCAAUGGAAAAACUUAGGGGAAAAGUACUCAAGACCAUGGCGGAACGUCUGGCCCAGGGUUCUGCGCCAUCUGUUGCUGCCAACUCUGGUGGAGCUUCUGAUUUCCCAGUCUCCAACCCAAAGGCUGCACCGUAGGCCAUUAAUCUCUGUUAUUCUGAAUAAGUUGAUGGAAGAGAAUCUGGAUUAGCAGUAUUUUGUUAUGGGUUUGGAGAUUUAUAUGAUAUCAUUGAGUCACUCUCUUCCUCUCUGCAUCUUUAUGUAAGAUGUUGUAUGCAAGAUGUUGCCAGUAAUAAAACCCAUAGAGAAAAAAAUCUUCAAAA